AUGGCAGCUACAUCGUCUACGACACUAAAACCUCCAUCGGGAGCGACAUUAAAAGCAUCGUAUCCAUUUGGGAAGAUUGAGCCUAACUCGACCAAAUACUUCGCCUCAUGCAUGCUGGGCGGGAUCGUGGCAUGCGGACCCACCCACACAUUAGUGACACCACUGGAUCUCGUCAAGACAAGACGGCAAGUCGACCCAAAGCUCUACACGGGCAACUUCUCGGCAUGGCGAUCGAUAUUCGCGAAAGAAGGAGUUCGAGGCGUCUUCUUCGGCUGGUCGCCCACGCUGGUCGGGUACAGCUUCCAGGGGAUGGGCAAGUAUGGGUUCUACGAGGUGUUCAAACACAUCUACGGCGACAAUCUGUUCCCCAACGCGAACCGCACGCUGGUGUUCCUGGGCGCCAGCGCCAGCGCGGAAUUCAUUGCAGACAUCUUCCUGUGCCCGUUCGAGGCCAUCAAAGUGCGCAUGCAGACCACCCUUCCACCGUACGCGAGCACACUCCGUGAAGGGUGGUCGAAGGUCGUCGAGAAGGAAGGCAUCGCGGGCCUGUACAAGGGCAUCACGCCGCUGUGGGGCCGCCAGAUCCCGUACACCAUGUGCAAGUUCGCGACGUUCGAAGAAACCGUCCGCCUGAUCUACAAGCAGCUCGGCAAGCCCAAGGAGAGCUACAACAAGCUGCAGCAGACGGGCGUGAGUUUCCUGGGCGGCUACAUCGCGGGUAUCGCAUGCGCCGUGGUCUCACAUCCCGCAGACGUCAUGGUCAGCAAGCUCAACUCGGACCGCAAGCCAGGCGAGUCGGCCGGUAAAGCGAUGACGAGGAUCUACGGCAACAUCGGGUUCACGGGCCUGUGGAACGGUCUGCCAACUAGGAUCGUCAUGAUUGGAACCCUCACCGCGUUCCAGUGGCUCAUCUACGAUUCCUUCAAGGUCUGGCUCGGCUUGCCCACCACCGGUGGCCAUUAA